AUGGAAAUUGAAUAUAAACUUAUAAGAGAAAUAGACUGUAAACAAGGAGCUGUCAGAGCUGUGCGAUUUAGUGUUGAUGGUGCUUAUUGUUUAACUUGUGGAUCUGAUAGAAAAUUAAAAUUAUGGAAUCCUCACAGAGGUGUUACUUUAAAAACAUAUGGAGGACAUGGAGAUGAAGUAAUGGACUCUUAUGCUUCCUGUGAUAGUAGCCAAAUUGUGUCUUGUGGAUUAGAUAAAUCAGUUAUUCUUUGGGAUGUAGCAACUGGAACUCCAAUUCGUCGCUUAAGAGGUCAUGCAGGUCCUGUUAACACUGUAAGGUUCAAUGAAGAAUCUUCUAUGGUUGUUUCGGGAUCCAGAGAUAAUUCAGUUAUGUUGUGGGAUGUGCGCUCCAAAGUACUGGAGCCUGUACAAUGCUUAAAUGAAGCUAAAGAUUCUAUUUCAAGUGUUAAGGUAUCAGAUCAUGAAAUCCUAACAUCUUCAUUUGAUGGCAAAAUACGUAGAUAUGAUAUUCGUGUGGGUGAAAUGUAUGCAGACUAUAUGGGAGAUGCAAUAACAUGCGCUAGUUUCACAAGGGAUGGUCAAUGCAUUGUAGUUAGUUGUGCAGAUGCUGUAGUUAGAUUAAUAGAUAAAGAUUCAGGAGAAUUGCUUGGAGAAUUCACAGGACACAUGGCAAAUAAUCUGUGUUUGGAAUCAAGUGUUGAUGCUCAAGAUACUCGAAUUCUUUCUGGAUCUGCAGAUGGAAAAUUGUGGAUAUGGGAUCUAGUUUCUCAAAAAGUAGUUGCAAAACUUUCAGGAUUUAAACCAGCAAAACAUCCUGUUGUAUCAUUAAGUGUUCAUCCACAAACAAAUUGUUUCUUAGCUACUAAUGGACCAAGCAUAUUAAUGUGGAGUACUGUAUCAACACAAGAGUAA